CGAGUAUUCAGAGGAUUUCGACAAACACCUGUGCUCAACACAUACCAUCAAUAAUAGCAAAAUCAUGUUUUGAUAAUGUACCUCACUUUUGAGGAAAAUGGGGGAGGAGUUGGAGCAGGAUCUGAAUUCCUCGGAAUUGGGGACGAAGGAAUACUGGGAAAAAAUCUAUUCCGAGGAGAUCGAUAAUUUCGAGGAUCACGGAGACGUCGGUGAGGUCUGGUUCGGUAAAAAUAAUGCAGUGAAAAUGGUGAGAUGCAUAAGUGAGGAUUUGAGUCUCUCGAGGACAGACAAAAUCCUGGACAUUGGCUGUGGCAACGGUUGGACAUUAGUUCAAUUAUCCAAGGCAGGAUUUACGGAUCUGGUUGGAGUAGAUUACGCCCCGAGUGCCAUCAACCUGGCGAGAGCAGUCCUCGAGGACAAUCAGGUGGUCCCCUGCAAGGUCCACCUCAUGGUUGGUGAUAUUCUCAAUACCCAAGACAAUUUAUUUCUCUACGAGUUCAGAUUGAUCCACGAUAAAGGGACUUACGAUGCCAUCAGCUUGAGCCCUGAUAAUUCCUCGGAGAAGAGGCACCAGUACGUGGAAAAUGUCCACAAAAUCCUGGGGACCGGUGGAUAUCUCGUGAUUUCCUCUUGCAACUGGACGCAAGAAGAACUCGUCAAACAAUUCGAGAACUAUUUCGAUGUAGCACUUACGAUCGCAGCUCCUGUGAUGAAAUUCGGGGGAAAAAUCGGCCAAUCGGUGACAAAUAUUGUAUUCAAAAAGAAAUAAAACACUUGA